GGGAAGGAAAUGGCAACCCACUCCAGUAGUCUUGCCUGGAGAAUUCCAUGCACAGGGUAGCCUGGUGGGCUACAGUCCAUGCGGUUGCAAAGAGUUGGACACAACUGAGCAACUAACACACACGACAUCUUUACUGAGUCUUCCAAUUCAUAAACAUGGCAAAAUUUGGUUUCUCUGAUGUUACUGGAAUUGAUUAUUCUCCGUCUGCAAUACAGCUUUCCGGAAGUAUUAUAGAAAAAGAAGGUUUAUCUAACAUUAAAUUGAAGGUAGAAGACUUUUUGAACCCUUCCACAAAGUUGUCUGGAUUUCAUAUUUGUAUUGACAAAGGGACUUUUGAUGCCAUAAGCCUUAAUCCUGACAACGCAAUUGAGAAGAGGAAACAAUAUGUGGAAUCUCUCUCCAGAGUGUUGAAAGUGAAAGGCUUUUUUCUAAUAACCUCAUGUAAUUGGACCAAGGAAGAGUUGCUAGAUGAAUUCAGUGAAGGAUUUGAACUUUUCGAAGAGCUGCCCACACCCAAGUUCAGCUUUGGAGGCCGAUCUGGAAACAGUGUAGCAGCGUUGGUUUUCCAAAAAACGUGAGGCUUUUCACUGGACAGACUCAGUUAGUGUCUUUUUAAGAAGCUCUACAUCAAAGUAAACCUGA